CCUCAUUAGCCCCAAGGUCCUUAGCAUCCUCCAGCAGAAACCUGUGAAACUGGGAUAGGGUCAGCGCCCUAAAGCCAGCCCCUUCUCGUUUGCCAAGACCUGCCUCUGCGCAGCCCUAAGUGGGUGCAGCUGGAAUCCUGAGCCUGCGAUGGAGCCCCGGCUGGGGCCCAAAGCUGCCGCCCUCCACCUGGGCUGGCCGUUCUUGCUGCUGUGGGUCUCCGGCCUGAGCUACUCUGUCUCCUCCUCAGCUUCUCCCUCUCCUUCUCCGGUGUCCCGAGUCCGAACGAGCUACAAUUUGGGAAGGACUUUCCUCGGUCUUGAUAAAUGUAACGCCUGCAUCGGGACAUCUAUUUGCAAGAAGUUCUUUAAAGAAGAAAUAAGGUUUGACAACGGGCUGGCCUUACACCUUGGACCACCUCCUGACGACUUGCCUUCUUACUCUGCAAAUUACUCAGAUGAUUUCAAAACCUGGCGCCCUGUGGAGAUCUCAAGGCUGGUCAGCAAACAGCAAAACAAGAUCUCAGACAGGAGAAUCUGUGCCUCCGCAGCUGCCCCCAAGACCUGCAGUAUUGAGCGUGUCCUGCGGAAAACAGGGAGGUUCCAGAAAUGGCUGCAGGCCAAGCGGCUCACACCAGACCUGGUGCGGGGCCUGUCCAGCCCUCUCUUGCGCUGCCCAUCACAGCGACUCCUGGAUCGCGUGGUCCGGCGCUAUGCAGAGGUGGCUGACGCUGGCAGCAUCUUCAUGGACCACUUCACGGACCGGGACAAGCUGCGUCUCCUCUACACGUUAGCAGUCAACACGCAUCCUGUCCUUCUACAGAUCUUCCCGGGUGCUGAGGGUUGGCCGCUUCCCAAGUACCUGGGCUCCUGUGGUAGAUUUCUGGUCAGUACCAGCACCAGUCCGCUGCAGGAAUUCUAUGAUGCGCCCCCAGACCAGGCGGCCGACCUGGCCUACCAGCUCCUGGGUGUCCUGGAAUCUCUGAGGAGCAAUGAUUUGAACUACUUCUUCUACUUCACCCACGUGGAUGCAGGCAUGUUUGGCAUCUUCAACAACGGGCAUCUGUUCAUCCGGGAUGCCAGUGCGCUGGGCGUGAUCGACAGGCAGGAAGGCAGCCAAGCAGCCUCCAGGGCAGGAGACGAUAAAGACAUCUUCAGCUGCCUGGUCUCUGGCUGCCAGACCGAGCUGCCCUCCUGUGACACCAUCCCCGAGAAGCAGAACCUGGUGCUGGUGUGCAGCCAGGUGUUGCCCCUGCUUCUCCAGGCCAAGUUCCCAUCCCCAGUGCGGGAGGAGAUUGACGCCGAGCUCACUCGCUGUGCAGACAGAACCCGGCCAGACCCGGAGGUCCUCGGGGCUGCCAGCCGGCUGAAGGACAUCUUGAGACCCCUGAGAACCUGUGACCCCAGAUUUGCCUACCGCUACCCAGACUGCAAGUAUAAUGAUAAGUUCUGAGGGGCUGGAGCCUUGCCGACCCACAUCCUUGGAACUUCCACUGCCCAUUCGGCUCACUGCAUGGUUGAAAGAAGCUGCUCCCUUUUAGCCAUUGGGAGAAAGGCACUUUGGUGUCCCAGAGACAGAGGAACAUGCCAACCACCAGAGGACAGUUGGGCCAGAGGGCGGUGUGACUGCUACCUGCCCCCUCCACCCCUAGCUGGGACAUCAUAGAAGAGCCCAGGGUUGGGCAUUGGAAGACCCAGGUGUGGACACUCACUCAGCCUCUUUGAGCCUCAAUUUUCUCUCUUCUCCACAAGACUCUUGAGUUAGUGAAAAAUGCCAGAGAUGUGAAGGGCCCAGGACACACACUUCCUACUCCCAGCCCAGUUGGUUACAAAGAAUGUUCCAGAAGCACGCAUGCACAGGCAGGGCAAAUGAGACAGAGCCACGGAGGUCAAAAGAGUGACAUGGAGGAAAGACUCAGCCCUGGUGCUAGCCCUCCUGCCACACUCCCCACACUGCCAUGGGGUGAGGAGACUGCAGGCCAAGGGGACACAGGGACAGGAGGCACUUAAUGGCGUGGGAAGGAGGCAGGGAUAAGAAGAGAAGACUGCUGGGCUGGGGGCCAACAUGUUUGUCCACAUCCUCUGAGAACCAGAUGUCAAGACAGGAUUAAGUGGGCAAGGAUUGUAUUGAGGAAGAUGGCUGUGUGGGAGGAAAGGGGGGGAGCCGAAGACCGUGGGGAGAACCAUGAGGCCAGGCUGGAAGGCUGAUGCCCCCUCCCCCAAGUGAAGGCAAGAAGAUCAGGUGAGAGCAUCCCAGAUUCCCCUCUGCUCAACCAAUAUAAGAUUCAGCAGGGCUGUCAGGGUGUCCUUGAGGUAAAGCCAGUCAUCAGAGGAGCUUCCCAAGGGUGGACAGCCCUUAUAUUUCUGCUGCAGGGAAUAGCCCAUGGGAAGCGUGGCCUUAGCCCAACCACAAAGAUGGAUUUCAAAGCACAGUGCAGGGCACUUAGCCAGUUGAGCUCCCUGGAGCAGGAGGUCUGUGAGUAGAACAUUCUUCGUAGCCAUAGCAGGGGACCAGGGCCAGGUCUCUCUACAUAAUGGCCUCCAGGGCAGGACCCUAAGGAGUCUGAGAAUUUUCAUUCAAACUUGGCCUUAUGGGUCAUUCUAAAAAUACUUUUUCAAGGUCAGCCAACAGAAUAUAUUUUAUUCAGCAGCUUGCUUGUUUUAUCCCUUUCAAAUGAUUAGCCACGUGGUAUGUGGGUUUCCAUGUAUCCUCUUGCCCAGGCCACAAACAUUAACGGGGGUUCCUUGGACUUUUGCCCAGUCUCCCUGCCUGCCCUCUACCCUCAGAGACCUCCCAGUUGGCCUCCUCUUUCCUACCUCUGAGUCACCACCUUUAAGAUAAGAUGCCUGGCGUAAUAGGCUUCAUGCAGCAGAUGUGGAAACUGAGGCCCAGGGAGGCAGAGUGACUUGCCAGGAUAGUUUCAGAACUCCAGUGACCAGUCCAGGCUCCUCUUGCCUUCCCUUUCAGCCUUGUAUGUGCAUGCUAAGUUGCUUCUGUCGUGUCCGACUCUUUGCAAGCCUAUGGGCUGUAGCCCGCCAGACUCCUCCAUCCAUGGGAU